UUAAAGUUUUGCAAUUUAAUCCUGCAAUUUCUCUUGUUUUUGCGCGUUUUUCUUCAAUUGUUGGUUCUCGCUUUAGCCACGUAUCUUGAGAGGUCGUUAGUGCACGAGAUUGCCUUUGAGAUUUCUUUCUGAAUCUGAGAAGUAAAUAAUCUCGUUAAAAUCGACGGUUUCACAUCAAAUCAAGUCAAGUUGCAUCAAGUGGCCAAAUCCAGAUUCCUCAGGGACAGCAGGUGACAAUCUACCACACAAUACCUUGUGCGUGACGAAAUACACAUCCUAUGAUGAUCUCGUCGUGCCGUUGUGCUACGAGCACGUCCUCUUUGAAAUUCAUCUACGUCGAGUCAACUCUAACCGGUACAGAGAAACGCCUACGACGUUUUCGCGAUCACAAACACUCGGAUCCUUCAGCACUAAUUGUCCCUCGACAGAACGUGACUUAACCUUUACGCUCGCUUAUCUCUUUUUACUGUUUUCGAUAACGCUGUGACGUUUCGCGACACACCAGGCUCGAAAUACGAAUCCACUAAUUGUGAAAGAUGUGACGCGCAGAAUGGAGCAAGAUAUGAAAGAAACGAAUCUACUAGAAGAGCAAACGAAGGUAGAAGAAUGGUUGACAGAGAAGAAUAUAGAUGAACAGCAGGAAAUUCAACACUCGAUUAUAUUCUACAAGCAUGGUGCUAACAACAUGGCAGAAAUGUCAGUAGAAAAUUCAAACAAAUUACAAAUGAAUGCAGCAUGGUUAAAAGGCAUCGCUACUGGGGAUACAAAUCUUACAUCCCGAUUCAUCCUGCAUUCUGAAGCUGGACUUGUAGAAACUUAUCUGUUAAUAAGAGAUACACUGAAUUUACAAACAAUAGAUGAGUCACAAGAGCCACUGUCAGUUAGUAAUAAGAAUUUCGCAGAAAGUUCAGUUAAAUUUAAACAGAGAAAGAAUACAAAACCAUUGAAGGAACAUAAAGAAUCUAUGAAACGUAUAAAGCAACCUGAAAACUGGAAAGUAAACUUAAAAAAAAAUGCUAGAUUAAAGGGGGAAGAAUACAUUGGGGUUGGAGGCAAAAUAGUACCAGCUAAAAAGAUGGGACAUCCUUGUGUUUGUCGCAUGCAUUGUGCGGAAAAGAUAGACGAGAAGGAACGCGAGGAAUUGCACAAGUCUUUUUGGAGAAUCUAUACAUGGCAACAGCGAAAGCAAUAUAUCGCCAAAUCUGUCAAAGAAUCUCCGAAACAACGUACUCGAUUGCGCAACAAUGUUCAGCCAGAGCGUUCUUCGAGAUGCCGGCAGGUGACCUUCACGUACUCUCUCUUAUUGAAGGGUGAAUUCAUCACUGUGUGCAAAUCAAUGUUUCUUAGUACGUUUGCAAUAUCUGAAAAGUUCGUGCGACAUGUGAUGGAGAAGAAACGAAUGUCACCAAGUGGUAUCAUCGAACCGGAUCAAAGAGGUAGGCACAUGCCAAAAACUAAAAAAAGUGAGGACAUAAAAGAGCGAGUGCGCGAACAUAUUAGAUCCUUUCCAUCCGAGAAAUCGACAGAUCCUAAGGAUCAUAGUGAUAGAUGUUAUUUGGACGCAAAUCUAAACAUAGCCACAAUGCAUAAAUCCUAUGUGUCAAAGUGCAAACAGACAGGUGUACCUGAAAGUGAUAUAGUGAAGGAAAGUUAUUACAGAGAAAUGUUUAAGACAGAAUUCAAUCUUGGUUUUAAACGCGUGCAAGCAAAAGAAAUUGAUGUCAAACGUUAGUUGAGAUAAAGAAUGCAAGAAAUUUGUUGAAUAGAA